CGGUUACCAAGUGGUCGCCUGGUAACCGGUCGCGGCGGUCCUGGCUGCUGCCGCGCUGGCGGCAUAGGCCGCAGAGGUGUGUGGGCCAGAGCCCUCGCCGGGCACUUUCUGUUCUCUCUACAAUGGCUGCCGCUGCAGCUGUGGUCACGCCGUCGGGUUUGGAAGAUGGGGUGUCUAGGUCUCGCGGCGAAGGGGCCGGGGAGGGGACGGUAGAGCGCGGGCCCGGAGCGGCCUACCACAUGUUCGUGGUGAUGGAAGACUUGGUGGAGAAGCUGAAGCUGCUUCGUUACGAGGAGGAACUCCUCCGGAAGAGCAACCUAAAGCCCCCGUCCAGACACUAUUUUGCUCUGCCUACCAACCCUGGUGAACAGUUCUACAUGUUUUCUACUCUUGCUGCUUGGCUGAUUAACAAAGCAGGACAUCCCUUUGAGCAACCUCAGGAAUAUGAUGACCCUAAUGCAACAAUAUCUAACAUAUUAUCUGAGCUUCGGUCCUUUGGGAGAACUGCAGAUUUUCCCCCUUCAAAAUUAAAGUCAGGUUAUGGAGAACAUGUAUGUUAUGUUCUUGAUUGUUUAGCUGAAGAGGCAUUAAAAUAUAUUGGUUUCACCUGGAAAAGGCCAUCAUACCCUAUGGAAGAAUUAGAAGAAGAAACUGUUCCAGAAGAUGAUGCAGAAUUAACAUUGAAUAAAGUGGAUGAAGAAUUCGUGGAAGAGGAGACAGAUAAUGAAGAAAACUUUAUUGAUCUCAAUGUUUUAAAGGCCCAGACCUAUCGCUUGGACAUGAACGAGUCUGCCAAACAAGAAGAUAUUUUGGAAUCUACAACAGAUGCUGCAGAAUGGGGUCUAGAAGUUGAACGUGUACUACCACAACUGAAAGUCACGAUUAGGACUGACAAUAAGGAUUGGAGAAUCCAUGUUGACCAAAUGCACCAGCACAAAAGUGGAAUUGAAUCUGCUUUAAAGGAGACCAAGGGAUUUUUGGAUAAACUCCAUAAUGAAAUUAGUAGGACACUGGAAAAAAUUGGCAGCCGAGAAAAGUACAUCAACAAUCAACUGGAGCACUUGGUUCAAGAAUAUCGUGCAGCUCAAGCCCAGCUGAGUGAGGCAAGGGAGCGAUACCAGCAGGGAAAUGGUGGAGUAACUGAAAGGACCAGGCUCCUGUCUGAGGUUACAGAAGAAUUAGAAAAGGUAAAACAAGAGAUGGAGGAAAAGGGCAGCAGCAUGACAGAUGGUGCUCCUUUGGUGAAGAUUAAACAGAGCUUAACAAAACUGAAGCAAGAAACUGUUCAGAUGGACAUUAGGAUUGGUGUUGUGGAACACACAUUACUCCAAUCAAAACUGAAGGAGAAGUCCAACAUGACCAGGGACAUGCAUGCAACAGUUAUUCCAGAAGCAGCAAUAGGCUCUUAUUAAAACAUACUGUUUUUCAAGCUUCUGAUUAGUUUUUUAUGUCAAAUUAUAUUUCAGGCUGCAUAGGUUUCUAAAGCACAAUUAUACCUCUUAAAGCAUGUUCAGUGGGUAUCUUUUGCAUAUAUACACACACACAUGUUGUAUCAUGGUAAUUAUUAUCUUCAUAUUGAAUAAAAUGUGUAAUAAUGUAAUUAAAAAUUCUCACAUUCAAAGAAGCUUCCACUAGUCAUUACCUAUGUCAAAACUGCAGCACAUUUUUCUGAGCAUUCCUUGUGUAAGCCAAUGUGUAUGGCCCACGCUUUCUGUAGACACUGCUGCUGUCACCUUCCUGACUUACUGACACAAGACUAGCCCCUUUGCUUUGUCCACCUCUGCAGUGACCACAAGUGCUUCUGUGCCCAGAGGCAGCUAAGAAUGGGUGGUGGGAUCUUCAUAUGAACCUCAGCUACCCUUGACUCAGCUUUAUAGUUACCUAAAAUUACCAUUUUUUAAGUAUAGAAAAAAAAAUUGAGUAUUCAGUAGCAUUUGAAAUUUAUUGUUUCUUGUGAGUAAGGAGGCUGAUGAACUAACUAAUUCAGUCAUGCUUUACUCUGCUUCUAGAAUGAGGAAAGGGUAAGUACGUGCAAGUCUUCACCCCAUCUUGUCUCUGGGGCUGGCUAUGCCCAGGAGCCAUUCUCUAGAAGGAGCCCUGGCGACUCAUGUGAAGAUCAGCCUCUGGUACUAGUGAUCGUUACUUAUGCAUCUUACUGAGCACUUUCUAGACUAGAAUUUCCAAGUUGGCGAAAUAAGCAAGAUUAUAGUGUCAGCCUUAGAACUGGGAAAAAACUGGUCAGGGGAUCAUGAAGCAGGAGAUAGCCCACAUUAUUUUUUUUAAUAAAAGACGUGAUAAAUUAUGAUAAAAAUGCUUUAAGACAACAGAAAUAAUAAUAUCUUAUUAUUUUUAAUCUUAAUAGUUUUCUCCCUUAAUUUUUUUUCUUAGCCUUUACUUUCUGAACAUGUACCACAACACACACACACAAAUCUUUUCCUUUCCACCAAACUCUUUACUGUAAGUUUAGAUGAGAAAAUUGGUGUGGAUAAACUAUUACCCAAGAGGAUGACAAUCAAUUCAAUGACAAAUAAGUCAGUUUAUUUAAUUUGUAAAGAAGGGAAGGAUCCAUAGUGGGAUAAUAGGCAGUAUGAAAGUUUGAAAUCGUCUUCUUCCUCUAUGGUUAUUGAGAGGAGCCACUAGUAAAAAUUGAAACAUAACCUGUUGUCCUGGAAACUUAUUUGCAUAGGUAUUGUCAUGACUGAGCAGUGUUUUGAUGAAUUCAACCCUUCCAGAUAAAUCAGAGCUCUCAUUAAAUUAUUGUUUUUGCUCUGAAGCAAAAUACACUAUUUUGUGCAAACAAAAAUCUACAGACAGCCUAUUUUUAUUUCCUUCUUUGGAAUAAUUCAAUUUCACUCAGGUUGUAUUGUGGACUUCUUCCUCUUUUCCCAUUCAAAACUGUUCAUACAUUGAAUAAAGAACUUACACUGCA